AUGACGACAACCCGCUCCCGAUCGGCUUCCUUCGCCUCCUCAGUAUCGUCUUCCUCGAACGCUUCUGACGCCGACGUUCAAGUGGAAGUAGACGAGAUCAACGAUGAGGCCGAGGUGCUCUCCGCAACGCAGCAGCCACUGCGAUAUCGAAGAAUGCAGGCGCGCGCCACCGCCCACAGAAACCCAGAGGAGGAACGACUACGACACGCUGUCGGCGGUGGGCUCGUCGCCAGCAUGAAGGCUGGCCCGAAACUCGAACAACCUCGCUCACACAAGCGGGCUGCUUGGUGGACACGAGUUUCGGGGAAGGUCGCUCGCGCGGGCGGAUGGAAGGCAGCCUUCGGACUCGGACAGCAGGGAAAGGAGCUGUGA